GGUCUCUGAUUGGUUGGAGUUGAUGCGGCGUAAACAAAAGCUGAGCCCAAACUCUGCUCGGCCGCUGAUGGGGGUUUUAGGUUAGAGGUCAAAGGUCAAAGGUUAAGGAAUGUUGGUCCUUCGGGGAGCCUCUGCCCUGCUGCUUUAGCUCCGGUUCCCGCAGUCCACGUCGUGUUUUAGGCUCCACUGCUGGGAGGCUAAUGUGGCUAAAGCUAGCUCAGAGCUAAAGUCCGGUAGCUUUUAAAUGGAGGUCUGUUCGGUUCGGGAACUGAUCCAAGUUUAAACAGCGGUUGAGUUCGGGCCCCGGAGCCGCCAUGAGCCCUUCCCUGGUGUGACUGAAGGGGGAGGAUGGCAGCAGAGCUGUUCCCCGCCAAGAAGCUGGUGUCUUCGGCCUCAAGCAGCAGCAGCUCCGCCGCCUCGCUCCAGCAGCAGAACCUGAGCAACAACAACCCGGCCCCGGGCGGCUGCAGCUGGCAGGGCCUGUACCCCACCAUCCGGGAGAGGAAUUCAGUCAUGUUCAACAACGAGAUGAUGGCCGACGUUCACUUUGUGGUCGGACCGCCGGGCGGGACGCAGAGGGUUCCUGGACACAAGUACGUCCUGGCUGUGGGCAGCUCCGUGUUCCACGCCAUGUUUUACGGCGAGCUGGCCGAGGACACGGAGGAGAUCCGGAUCCCGGACGUGGAGCCGCCGUCCUUCCUGGCCAUGCUGAAGUACAUCUACUGCGACGAGAUCGACCUGUGCGCCGACACGGUGCUCGCCACCCUCUACGCCGCCAAGAAGUACAUCGUGCCUCACCUGGCGCGGGCCUGCGUCAACUUCCUGGAGACGAGCCUGAGCGCCAAGAACGCCUGCGUCCUUCUGUCGCAGAGCUGCCUGUUCGAGGAGCCGGACCUGACGCAGCGCUGCUGGGAGGUCAUCGACGCGCAGGCCGAGCUGGCGCUGCGCUCCGAGGGCUUCUGCGACAUCGACGCGCAGACGCUGGAGAGCAUCCUGCGGCGGGAGACGCUCAACGCCAAGGAGAUGGUCGUGUUCGAGGCGGCGCUGAGCUGGGCCGAGGCCGAGUGCCAGCGCCGCGACCUGCCGCCCUCCAUCGACAACAAGCGGCUGGUGCUGGGAAAGGCCAUCUACCUGAUCCGCAUCCCCGCCAUGGCGCUGGAGGACUUCGCCAACGGCGCGGCGCAGUCCGGCGUGCUGACGCUCAACGAGACCAACGACAUCUUCCUGUGGUUCACGGCGUCCCGCAAGCCGGAGCUGCUGUUCUGCACCAAGCCGCGGAAGGGGCUGGCGCCUCAGCGCUGCCACCGCUUCCAGUCCUGCGCCUACCGCAGCAACCAGUGGCGCUACCGCGGCCGCUGCGACAGCAUCCAGUUCGCCGUGGACCGCCGCGUCUUCAUCGCCGGCUUCGGCCUGUACGGCUCCAGCUGCGGCUCGGCCGAGUACAGCGCCAAGAUGGAGCUGAAGCGGCAGGGCGUGCCCAUGGCGCAGCGCCUCAUCAAGUUCUUCUCCGACGGCUCCAGCAGCACCUUCCCGGUCUGGUUCGAUUACCCGGUCCAGAUCGAGCCCGACACCUUCUACACGGCCAGCGUGGUUCUGGACGGCAACGAGCUCAGCUACUUCGGCCAGGAGGGCAUGACGGAGGUCCAGAGCGGCAAGGUCACCUUCCAGUUCCAGUGCUCCUCCGACAGCACCAACGGGACCGGGGUCCAGGGCGGCCAGAUCCCAGAACUCAUCUUCUACGCCUGAUCCGGGCCGAGUCGGGUCGCAGCGGGAAGCCGGGGGACUACUUCUGGUGGCGGAUGAAUACACUAACGGUCUGAAACCUGAGUGACCCGCCGUCAGGUCAGACAACAUGGAGUCCAACUUUUGCUCCACAUUUUCAUUUGUUUGUGCUGCCAAGAUUUUAAACAUCAGGAAAGUUUCCAGAGGUCAUGAAAGGUCAACCGGAACGUUUGUGCUUUGACCUCUGACCUCUGGACCCUUUACUAUCUUCUAAUGGCGGCACAGACAUUUAUAGAUUUAUAGAUUAUGGAUUAUUAAUCUCUGAAGGCGGUUCCGGACUGAAGGAAGGUCGGGAAAUGAAGUAGAACCCGACCGGAUCUCUCCAUCGGACCUCCUAGUGCCUUAACGACGUGUUGGUCCGGUUCUGCUGAGCCAGGUCAGAAUUGUUUUUGGGUUUAUUUUAGAUGGACGACGUUCUGAUCCGCGGGUCGUUUCAGUCGGUUCUGACCCGCCAUUUAGAAGAAAACGGUUCUGAUCUUCUGAGUUCUGGUUCACCUCCAGAACCAGAACCGGUCCACUUCCUGCUCUCAGAGGAGCAGUUACUAUUGGGAUCGGGUCAGAACCUCAGCUGGACCGGACCGGGUCGUGGUUCUGAUCGUGCUGCAGCUCCUGUUUGUUGCCUUAAUGAGACGCAGUUCCUGCUGCAGCCUGAAGGUGGCGGUGUUGCUGUUACCUGCAUGUGUGGAAGUGGAACCGCUUCCCGUUCACGAGGUUCUGGAUGAGGUUCUGGAUGAGGUUCUGCCAUGGUUUGGACCUGAAGCUCGUUGCUUUUUCUUCAUUUAAUCACCUGAAAAUCAACCUGGAAACGGGUUGAACCGGGUCCAGACGUUCCUUUAGUUUUCUGUCUGUUUUCUACUAGCUUUGUGUUUCUGUUUUUGUUUUGUUUUUGUUUUGUUUUUGUUUUUUGUUCCUUCCUGGAUGAAUCUCGGUGGCCUUAUCAAACUCAUGUUGUGAUGAAAUAAAAAGUUUCAAAAGUU